AUGUCAGCGCCAUUUUACCAAGCGGAAGCCUUUUUGUAACCGGGGAAAAUAUAACCUAAAAAGGAUUUGUAAGAAAGCUUUUGACAAUGAUAGAGCCGAAAGAAUCAGAAUCCUCAGUGAUUGACUUGACAAAAAUAGAUGACGUUGCAGUUUCCGAAAACGAAACCACCAUCUCGAAUACCACCGGCGGUGAAUUCAAAGUGCCCAUGCUACCGGCCAGUCUCAGCCAGCUUCCGUUGGCAGGCAGCAAUUUAGCCAAGAAUAAGGCUCCAUCUCCGGGCUACGCCAUCAAGAACUCGCUCCUCGGUCAUAUUGCCAGUAUUUCGGCGGUGAAGUUCAGAUCGGACGGCGAGCACUUGGUUAGCGGCUCAGCCGAUACUUUGCUCAAGCUUUGGGACGUAAACUCUGCCAGCUGUAUUAAAACUCUAGGCGGGCACGAGAAGGGCGUUAACGAUGUGGCCUGGUCCUUGACUGGAUUAUUGGCCAGUUGCAGCGACGACAAGACCGUCCGUCUCUGGGAUCCCCGCAGCGGGCUCUGCACCAAAACUCUGGAGGGGCACGAAAGCUUUGUCUUCGCCUGUUGCUUCAAUCCGCAGUCCUCCCUGCUGGCCUCCACCAGUUUCGAUAAUACGGUUCGUCUGUGGGAUAUGCGCAGCGGAAGGACCCUCAAUUCGGUGCCCGCCCACCAGGAUCCCAUAAGUUCGGUGGACUUCAACCGGGACGGAAGCCUCUUUGUAACCAGCAGUUUCGAUGGGUUGGUGCGUCUGUGGGACACAAGUACCUGCCAUGUGUUGAAGACGCUAAUCGACGACGACAACUCGCCGGUGGGUCAUGUUAAGUUUUCGCCCAACGGUCUUUACGUCCUGUCCUCCACGCUCGACAGCACUCUCAAGUUGUGGAACAUCGAGAGGCCCAAGUGCCUAAAAGUCUAUCGCGGCCAUUUGAACGAGUCUUACUGCGUAUCCUCAAACUUCUCCAUCACCUCGGGCAUUUGGAUUGUCUCCGGGAGCGAAGACGAGACUCUGUGCAUCUGGAAUCUGCAGACCAAAGAGCUGGUCCAGAAGGCGGAUGCACAGGGCGAUCAGGUACUCUGCACCGAUUGCCAUCCCACAGCGAACAUAAUCGCCACCGGUGCCCUCCAGAACACAUACACCAUCAAAAUCUGGCAGAGCAGUGGACAGUAGCCCAAAACAAUAAACUGAAUUCCUCCGAUCAAACUGUAAAUUUAUUCAUUUUUUUGUUUAUAAAAACGCCGGCCUGGCCAUUAAGCAAA